AUGUCUCUCAGCAAAGAAUUAUCCACCACCUACAACCAGUUUCUUGAAACUGCUCCGAAGGAAGUGUCUUCCGUCAUAACAGAGGCGGUAGGCAACUUCAAAAACACCUACGAUCCCGCGAAAGCGAUUCAGCCCGGCAGUCCCUUUCCGCAAUUCCAAUUAGGCGAUGCGAUGGGCAACAAAGUGACGCUGAAUGAUCUCCUCGCCAAAGGGCCCAUCCUGGUCUCGUUCUACCGGGGUGAGUGGUGCCCUUUUUGUAACCUCGAGUUACGUGCACUGCAAGCCCACCUAGACGAAUUUCACCAGAAAGGCGUCACUUUGGUAGCGAUUUCUCCGGAGCUACCUGAUCAGGCGCUGUCCACGUCUGAGAAGCUAUCGUUGAAAUUCUCCGUACUUUCGGACGUCAACAAUGAGCUGGCAAAGAAGCUGGGUCUUUUGUUCGCUCAGCCUGAAUCUAUGCAAACUGUUUUCGACAAGUUCGGCGUGGAUUGGAAUAAGCGCUAUGGCAAUAACCAGUUGGAGGUGCCGGUUCCUGCCACCUUUUUGGUCGACAAGACCGGAAUUGUCCGCAAUUCUUUUGUGAAUCCUGAAUACCAGCACCGAUUGGACCCCGAGACUGCGCUCCAGUGGAUUGAGCAGCUUUGA